AUGCCACCCGGGACCUUCACGCUCCUGCUCUGCCUGCUCUGCCUGCUCUCCAUCUCCACCCUGACGUGUAGCACCUUGCAAAUCCGUCGCCAUGGUGGUGGCGGUGGUGGAGGUGGUGGCGGUGGUGGAGGUAAAGGGGGUGCUGAUGAUGGCUCCACCUCCGGCCCGCGGCUGAUGCUGGGCUUCCAGGCUCCGCUUAACGCCUCCUACCCCUUCAGCGCCCGGCGCCUGGGGGCAGCCGUCAACCUGGCGGUGGAGAAGGUGAACGCCAACCCUGCGAUGCUGGAGGGCCUGGUGCUGGACGUGACAUUUGUGGACACCAGGUGUGACGCCAAGGCCUCACUCAGCUCCCUCAUCCAGCUACACUGGAGCAGCAACAUCUCCGCGCUGUUUGGACCGCCCUGCCCGGAGGAAGCAGAGGUCACGGGUCUGCUAGCGUCAUCCUGGAGCAUACCGAUGUUUGGCUUCGUGGGCCAGUCCCCCAAGAUGGAUGAUGUCCAUAUCUACGACACUUAUGUGAAGAUCGUGCCCCCGCUCAAGAGGAUUGGUGCGGUCCUGCUCCAGGUGCUGGAUUACUUUGGGUGGAACCAUGUGGCGAUGGUGGGUGGUGGUGCGGACUCCAACACCUGGGACAGGGUGGACGUAAUGUGGAAGAACGUGGAGGAACAGCUGAGGGAGAGCAAGACAUUGACGGCUGCAAUCAAGUUCGACUGCAGUAGCGACCAGCUCAUCCAGAAAAACAUACGUCACAUAGCAACCGUCGCUAGGGUGAUCGUGGUGCUGAGUAACGCUGAGGAUGCCACUGCCCUGCUUCAGGAGGCAGAGCGGCAGGGCCUGAUGUCAUCAGGGGAGUACGUCUUCAUACUGCUGCAGCAGUUUGAGGUCAGUGGCAGUCUGGACAACCUGUGGAAGUGUGCGCUGGGUGAAGAGCGCACGAUGAGGGCGUACGACAUGGCCUUUGUCAUCGCGCAGCGGGCCUACGAGGGCUACGAGUACCACGACUUCUUUGACCGUGUCCAUGCCAGGCUCACCGACGCCCCCUACCACAGCAACUUGUCCUCAGUGGCAGAGGUGAGUGCCUAUGCGGCGUACCUGCAUGACGCCGUGCUGCUGUAUGCGAUGGGGUUGAAGGACGUGCUGAGUGAUGGGAUGGACCCACGAGACGGACAGGAAGUAGUCAAGAGGCUCAAACACAAGACCAACAUCCGCUUCCAGGGAGCAUCUGGCCUGGUCCACUUUGAUGAGGACGGGGAGCGGAAUGUGGACUACUCAUUAUACGACCUUCAGUCGGUCAAGGACACCAUGAAGUUCGUCUCCAUACUCGACUUCGACAGUCAAACUCAGACCCUCAGGGCGACUCCCAGGUUCUCCUCUGUCUACUGGCCAAUGGGGACGCCCCCUACUGACAACCCCCUUUGUGGCUUCAACAAUGAGCUCUGUGAAUGGCUGUACAAUGACAAGGUGAUGGUGAUCCUUUUGGUUCUCUUGCCCCUGCUGGGCGGGGCUGCCCUGCUCCUUAUCAGCGUUCUCACGCUGCAGAAGGUGCGUCUCCAGGGGCGACUUGACGACGAGCGCUGGUGGCAGAUCGAGUACACCGACAUCACCAUCCUCAAGGAGCCCAAGUGUUUCAAGAGUCAGUCUAUCGGUACAUCUGUUAUAAGUAAGACGGGGAGUGGCGGCUCCAGCAUGAUGUCCAGCACCAGUUUCCAUGACGUGAAGGGUCAGGAGAAGAUCUUCAUCACCAUUGGCCUCUAUCAGGGGAACCACGUGGCCAUCAGGUACCUGAAGAACCAGACCAUAUCAGACGUCAGGAAGCCCUCUGUCAUCAAGGAGUUUAACGUGAUGCGUGAGCUGAAGCAUGAGAACCUGGUGCAGUUUUUCGGGGUGUGCAUCGAGCCCCCUAACGUGUGUCUGGUCAUGCAGUACUGCAAGAAGGGCAGCCUGAAGGAUGUCCUGAGAAACUCAGAGGUGGAUCUGGAUUGGAUGUUUAAGCUUUCCUUUACGUAUGACAUCGUCAAUGGCAUGGAGUUUCUGCACAAGAGCACCCUGAAGUCGCAUGGCAACCUGAAGCUGAACACGUGUCUGGUGGACAGCCGCAUGCAGGUGAAGCUGUCAGGGUUCGGCCUGUGGGAGCUCAAGCACGGCUGCAAGCACAAACUCAUCCCCGUCGACGACCCCUCCUUUGAGGACUUCUAUUGGACGGCUCCAGAGCUGCUGAGGGAGGUGUAUUUCCCCUGUAACGGGACCCAGAAGGGGGAUGUGUACAGCUUUGCCAUGAUCCUGAGAGAGGUCCUCUACAGCACAGACGAGGGGCCCUUCCACGGGGUCAAGCUAGAGGCCAAAGAGAUCAUCCGCCAGCUGCGUUCGCCCCCCGCCAGCGGCCCCCUGCGCCCCGAGCUGCCCACCCAGGUUCUGCCAGAGCAGGUGAGGGGGGAGCUGCUGACCGAGCUGCUGGAGGCCUGCUGGAACGAGAACCCGGACCUCAGGCCGCACUUCAGCGCCAUACGCAGGCAGCUCAAGGAGGUCAGCCCACAGAGCCACACCAACAUCCUGGACAACAUGGUGAACAAGCUGGAGAAGUAUGCCAACCACCUGGAGGAGGUCGUGGAGGAACGGACCAAUCAGCUAACAGUAGAGAAGGCCCGUGCAGACAAGCUCGUCUCCAGCAUGUUGCCACGCUACAUAGCAGAUAAGCUGAUGGCGGGCGAGACAGUGGUGCCCCAGAGCUAUGACAUGGUCACCAUCUUCUUCUCGGACAUCGUGGGCUUCACGGCCAUGUGCUCCGUCAGCUCCGCCAUGGAGGUCGUCGCCCUGCUCAACGACCUCUACACACUCUUCGAUGACAUCAUCACCCUUUACGACGUCUACAAGGUGGAGACGAUCGGUGAUGCGUACAUGGUGGCCAGCGGACUGCCCAUCGUCAACGGCAACCGCCACGCGGAUGAAAUCUCCACCAUGGCACUCCACUUCCUGGGGGCCAUCAAGCUCUUCAGGAUCCGCCACAUGCCCAACGAGUGCCUCGCCCUCAGGAUCGGCAUCAACUCAGGUCCCGUGGUGGCAGGAGUGGUGGGGACAACCAUGCCCAGGUACUGCCUCUUCGGGGACACUGUCAACAUGGCAUCCAGGAUGGAGAGCAACAGCCUACCCCUGAAGAUCCAUGUCUCCCAGAGCACGGCCGACAUCCUGCUGCAGAUGGGCAACUAUGAGCUGGAGGAGAGAGGAGACAUUGACAUCAAGGGAAAGGGCAGUCAAAAGACAUUCUGGCUGAACAGUAAGGAGGGGUUCGUCUUCACACCUAAAGACAACUCUGCCCCCUCCCACCACAGUACACAGGAUAGAGUGGAGAGCAAAGAUAAACUGAAAACCCAGCGCGCCCAUCCCUUGGGCAAGAUGGCUGACAUGACCCUGGCAGUACCAAGCAUUGAAGUUCCCUAG